GCUUCUCCUGCACCGUGGGUACUCGUCGACCGACCUUCCGCUCAGAAGCUCCUUCCUCGCCGCCGUAGAAGCUCGCGGAUUUUCGCGCCGCUAGAAGGAUCAACACGCCGCAUUCGCGGUUUUUCCGCUCAUUGAUUCUACCAAAUGGCGACAUUGCUGCGUUCCCAGCCGCCCAUUCUGUCUGUGUCUGCCCCAUGGCUAUCAACCUCGUCCCUCCUCCCAGCGUCGCCCUCCGCCGCGUCUCUCCCAUUCAUUCGCACCGCCUUCGCCUCUGGCCGAACACACUUGCCCGCGACGCUAUUGGCCGGCGCGAGAAAAUAUCUCUCUGGUUCGGCUCCAGUCCUCCAGCGCAGGGCAGUUAGCCGAGCCUCGUCAGCAGCUUGGGGGACGUUAGGUUCGGGUGGUAAUGUAGCAGCGAGCGCGACGGCGUCCACCGUUGCCGAGACGGCAACGGAGGUUCGAGAUGCAGGCUCGGCGCCGCAGAGCGCGCCGAAUCUGGCUGGGUUCGAGUUUCCGGUGAUUAAGGAGGCGAAGCGCGUGGUGCUGGUGCGACACGGGGAGAGCACGUGGAACGCGACGGGCAGGAUUCAGGGCAGCUCGGACUUUUCCGUGCUGACCGCGAAAGGCGAGAGCCAAGCCGAGACGAGCCGGCAGAUGCUUGCUGCGGACUCAUUCGAUUUGUGCUUCCAUAGCCCGUUGCAGCGGUCAGCGCGAACAGCGGAGGUUAUUUGGGCGGCACGCACGGCGCCGAUGAUCCCGCUGCACGAUCUGAGGGAGAUUGAUCUGUACUCGUUUCAGGGCCUAUUCAAAGAAGAGGGCAAGGCUCGUUUCGGCGAGAACUACCGCAUGUGGCAGAAGGACGCAGCCAACUUUGAGAUCGACGGGCACUACCCCGUGCGGGAGCUGUGGGCGCGGGCGGCGGUGUGCUGGCAGGAAAUUCUGCGGAGCGAGGGGCGGUCCGUGCUCGUGGUGGCACAUAAUGCGGUGAACCAGGCUCUUGUGGCCACUGCCACAGGCCUGGGACCUGAGUAUUUCCGUCUCUUGCUGCAGAGCAACUGCGGCGUCAGCGUGCUGGACUUCGUCCCUCAUUAUAAGCCGCACAGCCACAGCCACAGUGAGGCUGUGCCUCCGUACAAGGCUCAUGACUACAGUCACGCUGGGGGGGUGGUGGUGGAUGCUGUGGCGGCUGCUGAGAAAGGGGUGGAGGAGGAGGAGUAUCUUCUGCCCUAUGUGUGCCUCAACAGGCUCAACCAGACCCCCGCCCCGCCCAUACUGGCCGGGGUUUCGGGUGGGAGAAAGGCGAAAGCCAGAGUGAUACUGGUCUGCCACGGUGACACCGACAGCUCGGCGCAGCGGCGGUUCCCAAGGUCCUCCCAGGAGCCGCUGAACAUGCUGGGCGUGGUGCAGUCGCGCAAGACCGCCGAGCUCCUGCUGGACCUGCGGGUGGACACCAUCUUCUCGUCGCCGCUCCCCCGCGCCACGCGCACCGCUGAAGCAGUGCUGGAGGUGCAGGAGGCGGCGGACUGCCUGGGAGCAGAUUGCGAACCGCGAUAUGUGGAUGUGGUGACAGUGGAAGAACUGACAGACCUUGGCUAUGGCACGUGGGAGGGAGCAAUGAGGGCCGAGGUAUCAGCACACGAGCGCUGGGAGGAUCAGAUCAAAUCUGCAGCCGUUACCAACGGAGAAUCCCUGCCAUCCCUGUGGGACCGCGCUGACAAGGUAUGGACCGUCAUUCGUCGCCACCUGGCAGAAGUGCAACGCGACAGGUCAGCAAGUGCAGGUGCUGAUGUGGCAGCGGCUACAGAAGCAGGCCCCGGAAGUCCCCCCAUUGAGCGAUCCGAAACCGUUAUAGUGGUCGGCCACGAAACAGUGUUCCAGGCAAUGCUUGCUUCCUGCCUGAAGCUUCCUGACGAUGCCCUGGGAAGCUUCCGCCUCGACCCUGGGAGCAUCACUGUUGUCGAUUUUCCUGAUGGUGUUGGCGAGCCUGAGAGCAGUAACGAGUCUGACAGUAAGGGGGACGGUGCAGCAGGAGCGGUAGGAGGAGCAGGAGUGGCAACUGGAAAGCAGGGGAUUUCAGCAGGAGUUGUGGGGCAGGGGGUGGUGAGGUGUAUCAACUAUACUGCGCAUUUGGGGCGAUGGGCCGUGCCCGUUACACUGCCGAGUGCCAAUGACGAAGACUUCUGAUAGGCCACCCACCCACCCACCCAAUGGCAAGGGUGAAUUCUUACCCCUCGUUUUGAUACAAGUACUACUUAUCUGUUGUAUGGGAAGCAGCUCUUGCUUUUGAUUAUUUCAGAUGAAUCAUCUUUACUUUCCAAGUACUGGGCACGAAAUUCUCCAGUUCAUUCA